UGAUGCGACCUUCGUCUCGCGUAACAAUCGCGCGGUAAUCAACACCGUUUCCCGAGUAGUGACGCGCUGGUCCGCGAUCGCGCGGCCACUCUCGCGCGAAUCUCGAUAUGCCGCUGCAACCGUGUUGUGACCGUUGACAGUUGUCGUCGUCGUCGUUCGGUGCGAUAAGCUGACGAGUGUGCGCGCGUUUAUGUGUAUGUGUGUGAGACCUAGCGUGCGAAGAGGUCGCUUACUCCGAGAGAGGACGUUUGACGCGUUGACUGGCUGGAAUCGUCAUUUCUCUCGUGUCGGGAAUUACAUCGUGUAAAAAAACGGAAACGCCGCGUGAAAGAAGACGUGGGCUACAGAAGUGUCGAGAUCACGUCCGCCUUCACGCAUCUGCCUCAAAAGGGUGAGUAUUUCCGUAAUUCAUAUCUCGAAAACUUUUCUUAUCGAUUUCAGCAUAAAUGAGUUGUAAAAUUUCAAACGAUUCACUUGCGCAAAUCCGUGCGAGAAUGUGUCAAAACGUCGAGAGCUCUCUUUGGGUCCAAAAACAGAUUACUCUGACGCUUAUAAUACCGUAUUGCAUUCUAUAUACUGGGAGAUAUUACUGAAAGACAUUUAUGAUCGUUUCGAAUGGCUUACCGCUCCGGUCGUGAACACAAAAAAAGGACAAGAAAAAUGACGAGAGCAAAUUUCGAGAACGCAAAUAUUAUUUCCAAGUCGUAACAACUGGUAUAACCGGUACGACCAUAAUCGACGUGGGAGGUAGAGCGAGCAAGUGAUUGCCAAAUUACCAAAUUUUGUAUGUGCGACUCGAGUAUUGGAAGCAUUUUUAACGAUACACAAUGGCACGUCGAGCUGAAUGCCUUUGCCCUUUCGGGAAAGUUUUAUUGAGAGGAAGGGUCUUGGUGACAUCCUUGGUGAUAAAUAUCCAUACAGUGUUGUUUGAACCUUUAGCCUUUAGUGUUCAAGAAUCUAUAUAGAGUACAGUCUUAGUUUCGCCUAUGGAGCAGCUUUGUCCGAAAAACGGACAAGACAAUUCUUUGCUCGUCGUACAAUAUAGUUGUUCAAUUCUAUAAUCCAAUUGUGCGUGUCGUUUGAUAAUAGAAAUGACUCACGCGAUGGUAUAUCGGUGAAACCGAUUGGUUACACGUUUGUCAGACAGUGAAAUGACGCGUAUCUGUUUAUGAAAAAAUAUUCACUCGGCAAAAUUGACCUAUUUUGUCGACGAAAGAAAUUUCGCUGUAAUAUCGAACGAUUGGAAAAAGCGAUCACGAUAGAGAAACGUGCACACGUGUUUUGGAUAACAAAACGUUGGGACAGAACGGUAUUCUCCUCUGUUUUCCACGAGUUUUAUUUUUCUGCUCAGUUCGCUUUGGAUGCAUGCAUCGCGUUCACUAUUAUUUUUCAAAGUUAUGUUCAUCAUUGAAUCGUGACACAAUGACGUUUUACAAACGUUUUGAUGCCAACUCUUGUAAAACGUAAUAAAAAAGCGAGCGCCGAAAAAAAACGACAAACUUUUGCAUACACUUGGUAAUUUGCGCGGCCGACUUCGUUUACGGAACUUUUGACUCGCGCGUGUCCGUCGAUGCCUCGAACGAGUGGAGACUCGCCAUCGCUCGCGCGAUUGGCCAAUGUGCCCUCGAUGCCCCCGCUUCUCGAUUCCGCAUCGCGGAUUCGAUCGCGCGAGCGAUGAAGAAUCAUCGAGAGUCGUCAGGCUUGCGUUUUAGUCGCGAUUCAUCUACCAGAUGGAUAAUGCUCGGCGCGUUCCGUCUCUUUCCCUCACACCUCAUCUUUGCGUACGGGGGCUCGCGUAAUCGCUUCCAGCGCGAGCUAAAUUUAGCACUGACCGUUGCUUUUGCCGAGCUAAACGACGUAAAAGCUUCUGCGCGCGUGCGGACGCGUCGAGGUCGAGGUGAUCCGAGACGAAAGAUGCAGUCUAUCGAGUUGUGCGGUUGAAUUCGACCUUUCCACCUGUGAACACACUCGUCCCGACGUACGCUGUACGUACGUACGCGCGAUCACGCGGAGGACACCCACCAUCGCAGCGUGAACUUGUGACUCUUGGCGCGAUAACGCGUAAUCUGUGGACGGUUUAUCGGCGCACGUGUCUCGGAAUUUCUCACAGCGUGAUUCUCUGCCAGUUUGCUGGAAAACGCUUUCGUUAGAGCUUGGAAAAACCGAGUGUAGACGCGAGUGUGCGGUUUCCUCCAAGUCUGCUUACAAAUUGCUAAGAUUUAUAAGAUGUUCACUGUUGUUUCUCGCUAAAUGACGUAUCACGUACGACGUUUCAUAAACUGGAAUGCCAAUUCUACAAAAGCGUAAGAAAGCGAGAAUCAAUUUCAAAUUUAAAUAAUAAUAAGUAAUAGCAUAGCGCUGAAGAAAGACUAAAACUUUUGCAUGCGCAAAUGCUUCAAAUCUAAAAGGAUGAAUGCGCGAGAGGUAAAACUGUGCGCGCGCGUACGCGAAAACGUUGCGCGUAAUAAACGUCUAAAAAUAAACCGGGCUAUCGCGCGCGGUGCGAGCUCGUAUCGUAAGCGAUAAACAUCGCCACGCCACGCCACAAAACGCCUCGUCGUGCUCAAGUUCCAGUUUUCUCGAUUCGAUCGUCGCGAUAUCACGAGAUAACGCCACGGUGUUUCUCCCCGAUACGGCGACGAGACGCCACGAACGAACCGUUGUCGCGCGACGUCGCUAUCGAAGGAUUGAGAGAACCGAUUCAUCUCGCGCGCGAAACUAGUCGAGUCUUCGACUUAACGAGGACCCAAAGAGAGCUAUGAGGGUUCACGUGGAGCGAGCAAACACGUUCGAUCGAUAUCCGCGCGUGGACGGUUCAAACGCAAAGAUGCUCGCUAGACACCGUGAUCAGGGGACCACAACGGUGGACGAGCACGUGGUCGCGGCCGGUGGUGACGGUGCCCACGGAACCACGUUACCGGACUCGUGUUGUUGUUACAUGUGCGUAGAGAUGGCCAGGGACACGCCGGGCUCACCAAUGCCGCGUCCUCGGGAUCUCGGAGCUGGAGGCGGAGGAGGCGCAGCCACGGUCACCUUGACUUCCGGUGCGUAUCACGCGGCCGCAGCCGCAGCUGCAGCCGCAGCCGCUGCCGCCGACACCGUCGGUCUGCAGGACAACGCGUUGCAGCAAAAGUUACUCGAGCUACAGCAGCAACAUCAACUUCAGCAGCAGCUUCUCCGACACGAGUACCAGAUUCAGGAACGACGGUUGGCCGAGAUGCACCACCAACAAGUACAACAACUCAAGGUCUGGGAACAACAGAAGCAGCAGCAGCAGCAGGAUGAGCAGAAGCGAGAAAAGGAGAGGCUCGAGGCCCUUAGGAAGAAGGACAAGCAUGAUCACAGUGCAAACGCGUCCACUGAGGUCAAACAACGCCUUCAGAGCUUUCUGGUGAACAAGAAGCAGAGAGAGGCAGCUGCUGCGGCGAAUGGAGUGGUACCUGGCACGCCCGGGUACAGGAGCUGGCUGCAGCCACAAACAGAAUCAUCGAGCACCGCGAAUGCAGCGCAUCCUUAUCGAAUGCCGCAGAUGCUUCAAGAAAAGUUUGGCGAUGAUUUUCCGCUCCGGAAGACAGCCUCGGAGCCGAACCUGCUGAAGGUGCGACUAAAACAACGCGUCGAGAGGAACAUGGCAGCAUCGAGAAAUUCACCCCUGAUGGCACGCCGGAAGGAUCGCCUGCUGUCGCACCUCAAGCGGAAAUCGUUACUAGCAAACUCUGGCAGCAAUCCCGAAUCUGGGCCUAACUCUCCUCCGACCGUCAACAAUUCUCAGGCCAGUCCCACCGCUGGAAGUAACACAGCGAUACAAGAAGAAAGCGAGAAUCCGGCGUAUGGAGGACGUCUCACUAGCAGUAGUCAACAAGGCAGCCUUUCGGAUCUUUCGCUCUUCAGUUCACCGUCCAUGCCCAACAUCUCGUUGGGCAGACCUCACGUGCCGUCGAGCUCGUCGAGCGGGACAAAAUUGGCACCAGUCUCCGAAGCGGAAGUGCGUGCCGCGUUUACGGCGCGUCUCGGCAUGCCGCUUACCGGUCAAAUGCUGCACGGCACCCUACCGUUCUAUCCGUCCCUGACGGUCAUUGAAGGCGAGCCGACGUACAUCCACAAACAGAUGCAACAAAAUCUCCAGGAGCCACCAACGGCACCACCGCCCGCGGCGUUAGGCAGUAGCAGACAGCAUCCAGCGGCAGUGUACCACGCUGCAGCGCCAAUCACAGAUACACAAGUAGCACACGCGAGACUGCAUAAGGCUGGUCACCGGCCUUUAGGUAGUAGAACCCAAUCGGCACCGUUGCCGCUGGGCCAUCCGAUGCUGCAGGGUGGUAUGAUCGCGCCAACUACGCACUACGAGGAAUAUCUCGCGGAGAAGCAGCUACACGAUCAGCAACAGGCGCACAAUUAUCUGAAACAGCAAAUACGUCAGACGGUACUGACGCGGGUCGGUUCACGCGGACAGGCUAAUCAACUGGACGAGGCGUCCGAGACCGAAGAGUCCGAGGUGAUUGAUCUCACGGGCAAGAAGGACCACGCGGAGGAGAGCGAGAUCUCGAAGCAACAGAGAGAUCGCGAACAAUUUCUGCAGCAGCAAAGAGAUCUCAUGAUGAGACACACGCUGCAGACGAGCGAGUCGACCGUCUAUGCCGGAAGCAGGACUUGUCAGUCGGCCAGGCCACUAUCGAGAGCGCUAUCGAGUCCGCUGGUACAUUUAGGUCCCCAGAGCGGCGGCAGCGACAUAUUUGCGCGAGGUUCCCCGCACCGACCCACCACUGGAUUAGCUUACGAUCCGCUCAUGUUGAAGCACGCGUGCGUUUGCGGCGAUACAGUCAGGGGUCAUCCCGAACACGGUGGCCGAUUGCAGAGCGUAUGGGCUAGAUUGUCGGAAACGGGCCUGUUGCAACGAUGUGACCGGAUACGUUCGCGUAAAGCUACGCUUGAAGAGAUUCAGACGUGCCACAGCGAAGCACAUGCCCUAUUAUUCGGAACGAAUCCGAUAAGCCGACAAAAACUGGACGUGUUGCCUAUAAAGAAUUUCGUUCGACUUCCCUGCGGCGGGAUUGGAGUCGAUUCCGACACGACGUGGAACGAGUUUAAUACCGCGCCCGCCGCCCGAAUGGCAGUGGGAUGCGUCGUCGAUCUUGCCUUCAAAACCGCGAUGGGCGACAUUAAGAACGGUUUUGCCGUGGUGAGACCACCCGGUCAUCACGCGGAGCCGAAUCAGGCCAUGGGCUUUUGCUUCUUCAAUUCGGUGGCGAUCGCAGCGAGGUUGCUUCAACAAAAGUUCAACGUUAAAAAGAUCCUAAUCUUGGAUUGGGACGUCCAUCACGGAAACGGUACUCAGCAAAUGUUUUACGACGACUCGCGGGUGCUGUAUCUGUCGAUACACAGACACGACGAUGGUAAUUUCUUCCCUGGAACCGGAGGGCCUACCGAGUGCGGUGCCGGCGAGGGUCUGGGCUACAACGUCAACGUGGCGUGGUCUGGCGGCUUGAAUCCGCCCAUGGGUGAUGCGGAGUAUCUCGCGGCGUUUCGCACAAUCGUCAUGCCGAUCGCCAAGGAAUUCGAUCCGGACAUCGUGCUCGUCUCGGCCGGCUUCGAUGCGGCUGUUGGACAUCCGACGCCGUUGGGCGGUUACGAAGUCAGUCCCGCAUGUUUCGGCAAAAUGACGCAGCAGUUACUUACUCUGGCGGACGGCAAAGUCGUCCUCGCUCUGGAGGGCGGUUACGAUUUAACAGCAAUCUGUGAUUCGGCACAAGAGUGCGUUCGAGCAUUGCUCGGUGACGAGCCCAGUCCUCUCCGAGACGAGGAACUCACGAGGAUACCCUGUCAAAACGCCAUAGACACGCUACAGAAGACCAUUGCCAUUCAGAUGUCACAUUGGCCUUGCGUGAAACUUACCGCUCAUACAGUCGCGAUGAGCGCGAUAGAAGCGAGCCAAAAGGAACGCGAUGAAACGGAAACGGUAUCCGCAAUGGCCUCUCUGUCGAUGCAACAGCCUACGAAUCUCACUACCACGCCAGAACAUUCCCGAGAGGUUUCCGAGGAACCGAUGGAGCAGGACGAGGCCAAGUGAGACGCGCGAAAAUCAUUCUACUAGAUGUAGAAGGCAUAAUUGUACGAAACUGUGCAAAUGCUCUUUGAGAUCUCGAAAAGUGCAUUUCUCAGUGUAAAUCGUCGCCGGCACCGCCGCACCGCGGACAGGCAGGCAGAUUUGCUGGUCAGUUUGAAAUUUUCCACUCGCGUAAACACACAGUCGACCUGCAUAUUCGUGCACGGUCUCAGCUACGGGAGUUAUGACUCUUGAGAUUGGUAGAUUGGCCAAGUAACAAGGAAGACGUGAUCUGCAAGAUUUCGAGGAGAGGGGGAUCUCGACGAUGGCUCGUGACGCCAUGAUGUGUACGUCGCAAGCUCGCAGAUCUUCCUCUCUUUUUUCCUUUUUUGUGCUAGAUGCGAGGACGCGUAGGUGUUUGUGAAUCUUGCAAAUGGUUCUAUUGUUCUUUGCGCUUUCGGAGCGCAAGAUUGUUGUAUAGUUUAGCUACGGAUGACAAAUUCGAUUGUCGUUAGAUAGAUUUAUCUUCUUCCCUUCCCCCUCAUUUUUUAACGUGGAAUGCAAGGUUUAUAUGCAAUCUUUUUAACAAGAAAUUGCGUGUUAACAUUGUUGAGAGAUGAACUCGAACGCGCUAAAUGUCUUUCGCCCACCCAAAUUGAACGAAUGCUCGGCAAAUUUCCAAUUUCGCAGUGUCUUAUCGACAAACAACGAAUGAUUUUGAAACUCGAUACUGGAACAGAGACAUUCUUCCAAUGUUGUUAGUAAAUUUUCCCCUUGUAUGGACAAUUCCGUGCGGCCGCUUUAAAACCGUGAAAUUGCUGAUCAAGCGCUUUUUAUCAUUUACUAAUUUGGUGGGGGAAAAACGCGUAAACACGCGCGUUCUUUCUAAAGAUGACAAAGCAGUUACAGCUACAUCAGCUGUGCACAUAGCUUAUUGACGUCGUCGAGGUAAGUAGCAAGAUGUCGAAUUCUCACAGCUACGCGUAAAACAAGUCUGAUACAUCGUGUUGCCUUGGAUAGUUUGCAGGAAAGAAUAAUUCCAUAUAUAUUGCUGUGUAUAUACAUAUAUACAUGUAUCUUUCAAUGUUAAUUACGACUCGAACGUCUAUUCGGAACGCUCUUUCAACGAGUUGAACAUUUUUUAUCGAAACAUUCAGGGAGACGAGUACAGGGAAUUUUAAAAAAACAAGCUGUGUUAACGGGAAUUAAUCCGAAUCAUGGAGAUCCUUUUUGUAUUACGCCUAUUGUUGCGAAAGACACGUAAUAUACGUCACGAUAAUAUUAAUCACGUUGUAAACGUGGACUUUUUGAUUUGCGUGCGAAUUCAAUUUCUCAGGACUUGGGAAUGUAUUUUAAAAUAAGAUUGAGGAGCGAGGGCAACGUAAAUGGUAUCAUCAAGAUUACCAUUUUCCACUUUCUCUUUAUAAUGAACAAAAUACAGUUCCAAUAAUAUCUUGUUAUUCGAGGGAGAAGUAUCUGUUGGAUAUUUUGUAUCUGGACAUUAGUUUCUUCGUGACGGUUCAAACAUUGAGGUAAUGUUUUAUAACGAGUCAUAUAACGUUGGUAACUUGUAAAAACCGAACGAACGAAUUGCGUUGAAAUGCAAUUAAUUAAAAGUAAUUAUACGACGAGCGCUUUCAGGAUAAAGUGGAUCGCGCGUGUUUUGCUCGAGCAUACUCGAUGUGUGAGAGGAAACGGAUAAAUUUCCACGCUUCUCUAGAAAAGUACGUGCAAUAAGAACAAUUGGACAAAUAUGUAAUGUUACAAAAGACAGAGUAUAGAGUGAGUCUUCUCCGCGCCUUCGCGAAUGAUUUACGAUACAUUCGGUGAAGACACGCGCGCAUGCAUCGUGCUGGUCACUAGCGCUUUACUGUCUCGUCGUCUGAUUCGCUUUCCCCGUUGUUUAGUCGCCCGAGACUGGCGAAAGUUUCUCGAGCGUGAACCGUUUUCGUUCGAAACGGGACGAUUUAUCCGUGAUACGUAAAAGGAAAAAAAAAAGAUCGAUGUCUAGUUUCUAAGGCAAUAUUAUGUCAUGUACGUGAGAGUAUGUGCGGAUAUAUGCAUACGACGCUACGUGCACGCGCUGUGAAAUGUGAUGUCCGAAAGAUCGCCGCCGUAUCGUAUCUCGUAUCGCAUCGUGCCGAAACGCAGAGAGAUGCCCUGACAAGUCGCUUCACCAUUCUACACUCGAUUAAUUACAAUUGAUGUCGCAGCUGAUACUUGGACCCUGGACAGAACUUGAUAAAUUUAUUCAGAUCAACUUGUCGAUGUAGAUAAUACAAUUCUAAUUUUCGAAUCGUCUUUAUCGUAAUUUCGACAGUGAGUCAAGAGGUUUAACUUGCAAAUUGUAUGUAUGUACGUUAAAUGAAUCACAAAGACUUUUCAAAAGUAACAUUUAAAAUACACGUUUCUUUUCCUGACAUACGUUCGUUAAAAUGUGUACAAUUUUACAUCAGUUUUAUUCAUUCGUACCGUAAACAGUUUGAUAAACACACGAGUUGAAAUGAAUAGAUGGAUUAACAUUACGAGAUUGGGCAUUCUCUUUGAAAUUCGUAAUAUGAAUCGAAGCUCACUCAAGUAUUUGCUGCUAAGAACUUUUUCUUGUUUAUCACGCAAUUCACUGCCAAUGAUAAGCAUAUGAUAUGGUCACGCACGCGCGCGUUUCCACAAGUACGUGCAGUAGCGUCGAUGUAACGUUAACGUUUCUUGUUAAUAUUUUCAAGCGCAUGGGUGAGAUGCAGAACGAACCGAGGAUAUCGUUCUGGCAGAGUUUCAACUUGAAUUUUUGACGCGAACAAAGGCUGGUGUGAUUUUUGUGAUAUUUUGUAAAAAGAGGAUAAGCUAUAGAUGGUUAAUUAAGAGUAUACGUCGAGGAUGUGUGUAAGACGAGUAGAGAGACAGAGAGAGACAGAGAGAAAAAGGUAAAUAUAAUUCACAGAUACAAGCAUUUAUUUUUGUGUCAUGCAUUUUACGAAGAAAAGAAAAAGAUAAAAAAAGAACAGAGAUGAUUAUAA